AUCAACCCUCCGGGUAAACUGUUUAGGUAAACACGAGCACGUGAGUAUUAAUUAUCCUAAAUAGUUUUCCUAUCAUUCAGCGUUCUGUCUUGACACAAUAAUUAUAAGCAAAUAUUAUUAUGAACAUUCAUAGUGUGUACGCCACAAUUUUCUAUUUUGUCAAGUGAACUCAAUUUGUGUAAGCCCACGUGUUAUUUAUUUUUCAUUUUUUGUUGCUGUUUUUUAAUUCUUCGCCAUGGUUGUGGAAACUGUGGCAAUGAUGGAACCGUCUACCGGUGGAGAUUCUGGAAUAAAGCGUAAAAAAAAACAAAACACCGAUGUGAACAAAAGGAUUAAACCACCUACCGCUGAAGAGUUGAAUAAGCUCAGGGAAACAGAAAAUAUGUUCUUGUCAAAUAUGUUUCGCUUACAAAUAGAUGAAAUGUUAAAGGAAGUAAAACCUAAGCAAACUACUUUAGACAAAAUCAAUGAAUGGUUUGAUAAGUUAACUACAGCAUUGGUUCAAGAUAUGGAUACAUCCAACUAUAAAAAAGAAUUAUUAUCAAAUGUGAAUAUAUCUCAAAUGAGUGCACCAUUCCAUCUAAAACCUCAAAAUAAUAAUGAUGGUACUUUUCGCUUUACCAAACCAUGUUCAUUAAAAAUUGUUGGUUCUCAUUCUAUAGGAAUAUCAUUAAUGCCAUUAAUUAAAGUUGAUGUUUCAAUUCAAAUGGACAAAACGUUUUUUCAUAAAAAAGAUUAUACUGAUGAAAAGUAUUUUCGGAAAAAGGCUUUUUACUUACAAUGUCUUGCUAAAGAACUAAUGAAAAUACCAGAUUUAGUUGAAAAUGAAAUACAAUUUUCUUAUGAAAGUCAUUCAUAUUAUUCACCUGUACUUGUUAUAAAACCAACUGGCAGCCUUGGUAAAAAAUGCAGUUUUUAUCUGAGAGUUGUACCUGAAAGUAAUAUUUAUAGUUUACAUAAAUUUUCACCGACCAUUAAUAACAUUGAUUGUCAAUGGUAUUUUAACAAUGGUGUAGACAAUAAUCCCAAGAAUUAUCCUACACCUUAUUAUAAUUCACUGAUUCUGCAAGAUUUGAUAAUGGAAGAAAAUGAAAUAUUACUCAAAGAAAUCAUUGAUGGUAAUCAAAAUAUUCAAGAUGCAAUAAUUUUAUUAAAAAUUUGGCUAACACAAAAAAAUAUUGGAGAGUAUGGAAAUAUAACCAAUUAUAUUUUAUCAUUGUGUUGGAAUUAUGGUGGCGUAUUGGUUACCGACUCCACGGAUUUCACUGGUUUCGCGUUCGUUCGUGUUAGGCUCUCGCAGCGCGGAACAUAUUUUGACUUUCGGCCAUAG